AUGACAUUCCUAAGGCUGCAAUCAUUCCAGGCAGCUGCCCGAUGGACCGACUGUUACGGUGCUGGUUGGAUGGCACGGCCAGUUACGAGGAUUCAAAAGUACCGCUCUGGCUUACAUCUGCACCAUGCUACUGCCAGAACCUACUCUAUCGUGGGCCUGGCCGGUGGUGCCAUGACGACAAGGACGUUUUCAUCUCUGCAGCUUGGACCCGGCAGCGGACUCGAGCCUUCACCACUACCACCGGCGCGGUGGCUGGCGGACCUUCGCCACCGCGUUGGGAAAUGCAUUAUGUUUGGUUGCUCAACAGCACAAGUCUCCGAGGCCGCUAUGGUGGCUCGGGCUCUAGCGACCGAGUGGCGACGGCUCAUAGCCGGAAGUGAGGGUUAUCUGACCGGUGAACGGCGAGGUUUGGAAGGCCAAAAGGUGGUUUGGGGCGAAAUGGACUCGUUUGCCCACGUGAACAAUGUCGUGUACGCACGCUACGCUGAGUCUUCCAGGGUCAACUGGGUCAACCACAUUGCCCUUCACGUCGACGCGGCGCACAGCGAUCAGUGGCAGGGCCUAAUGCAAGCCCAGACAGUCGGUCUAAUCAUGAAGAGCUUGACAACGGAGUUCAAGUUUCCCAUGACUUUCCCGGAUGCCAUCUCGGUAUAUCACCGGCUGCGAGUGUCGCCCGAAGCGAACUCCAAGUCGACGUCGUUGCUGCUAGACUGCUUGGUUCUCUCACACAGCCACAAGCGCAUUGCAGCACGCGUCUACGAGGAUGUGUCGUUUUAUGACUACAGAACGGCAUCCAAGACACAAAUGCCUGAGUUCAUGCGGGAGGUGCUGACCGACCUCUGGCAGCAGCAACUGCACGAGGCGACGCUGGCGCGUAUUCGGAUAUGGGAGCUAGUGGCCGCUGUGGAGCGACUAGAGAAGCAAACAUGGGACCGUGAGGAAGCUGUAGAGGAUAUUGGGAGCGUUGGAACAUGA